AUGUCAACAAACAACAUUCAAUCCAACAAAAACAUUUAUACUUUGGCAACAAUCUCUGAAGCAUUGGAGUGUACAUCUGUUCCUGGAGUGAUGACUCUUAGACUUGAUACUACUAUAAAAGUUAGAGCAUCUGAGUGGAGAGAUUGCUUGCUAGAAAUUAGUGAAUCCUGUGCAGUCAAAUGGAUUAUCCAUAAUUCUAAUAAGCAACCUACUGAUAUUACUGCUGAAGAAGCCAAAGACAGUGCCAUGAGAGUAGUUCAGAAAAGAACUAAGAAAAAUAAGUGUUCUGCUCUUCUUCAUGUCAGAGGAUUCUUUAAGAUGCCAGAGUGGUAUGAGAUAACUUUGACAAAAGAUCAUACUGAGCAUACUCCUGGUGAUGUUCAUAAAGAUAUCCAUACUCUUCCUCUUGCAAAGAAAUACCUCCAUGAGCUGUCCCAACAAUUAGAACAGUCGUCUAAAUCUGCUAGCCAGAUACGUAUUGAUAUGCUGAGAGCUAUUGAUAGAUAUAGAAGAAAUUCUGAAUGCAAGGUCAACUAUUAUGACAUUUGGAACUUGAUGAAUAAGAUAAAUAAGACUUUGUAUCAUUUUGACAAGGAUGAAAUGAUUUCUUUCAUGAUUUGGAUAAAUGAGAAACUUCCUGCAAUGAACUUCUCAAUUUUUAAGGCCAAUACCAGCUACUCACCAAGUCUAAACGUAUUUGCUUGUGGUUUUAUGUCGCCAAUACAGCAAAAUAAAAUGAAAAAUGCUGCUUCUUUUUGCUUGCAUGCCACUUAUGGUAUCUCUGAAAAAAUCGAUAAGAUUCUUUACACUCUUCUUAUCCGUGAUGAAGAAAUUGGUAGAGGCUGGCCUGUAGCAUAUAUGAUUACCAAUGAUAGAGAUAGAUUGCAGAACAAACGUCUGAAUAAACUUGUAUUCAUUCUUGUUUACGAUGUUGAAUACUAUCUUUCUCAAGAGUACAAUAGAGUAAUAUCCAACAAUGGGGCAAUGAGUGCAUUUACAAGAAAACAAAGAAUACGCAAGAUAGAAGCAGAAGAAGUUGAUGAUGAUGAAAGAGAAGCAAGAAUUGUUGCUCCCAAUUCAGUAGAUAGUAGACAAUGGCAAGUUCAGUCAUUUGUUGACCAAAAUACUGCUUAUGUAGUUGAGGUUUCAGAUACAAACACAAUUAUCUCAUGCACUUGCUUUGAUUUUAAAAGAAGAUACAGACCUUGCAAACAUAUGUAUCUAUUGAAGAUGCACACAUCGAACUCUAUUUUCUUCUCUACCACUUCUGCCAUUACUACCAAUCAAAUACACACACCACAAACUCCACAAAACACUGAAAAUCCCAGCAAUCGAUCUAGACUUUUUUUGACCAGUGUAUAA